AUGGAUACCCAGGUUGAUCAACACGUAUUACCACAAUCUGCCCAAUCUGAGAAUUCACAAUUUCAACAACAAGGACAUUCUGCUAUUAAUGUUAAUUCAGAACCUACACAAAAAGACUCUUCACUUUUUAAAGAUUACGAGGACCACAAUUCAAGUUUAAUUUUUGGAGGAAAUAUAACAAACGAUGACAAUGUCGAUGAUAAUGACACUGAAAUAAUACCGACAGUAGAAGAUCAAAUAAUUGUUGAUAGAACAGUUGAGGAUGUAACUGAAGCUGAUGACAAAUACCAAAAUGAUGACACGAUCAGUCCGUUUCUGAAAAAAUUAAAGGAAAUGAUUGAUGAGCAAAAACAACUGAGCCAUGAUCAAGGACAAACUAAUGGGACACAUUCUGAAUAUUUGAAAUCAUAUUCACGUGAAUCUUUCCGAGAUAAUGGAAAUGAUGACACACAAAUAAUAAUACAGAGACAUUACAACAGUAACGACAAUUAUGAUAUUGAAUCUUCAAAUGGUACAAGCCAGCAAAAGCAAACUAAUUCUAAAAUUAUAGUAGAAAACAAAAUGAAUACCCAAGAUAAUCAGUUGGGAGACACACAGGUAAUAGGAAGAGCGUUACCUGAUACGCAAAUAAUUAAUAACGUGUUACCUGAUACUCAAGUUAUAAAUAAAGUACUACCUGACACCCAAGUAAUAAAAAAGGUACUAUCCGAUACACAAAUAAUCAAUAAAGCUCUAGCAGACACACAAGUCAUACCCAAACUUCUACCAAACACGCAAGUCAUAAAUAGAGUAUUGUCUGACACGCAAGUGAUACAGAAAAACAUCCCUGAAUCUCAAGUAAUUCAGUUGCCAGAUACUCAAACUCAAAGUGUCCUGUAUUAUGAUUCUCAAAAAGUACUACAUUCUUCACCUGCAGAUCAUUCUCAAGCAAUAUCACCUUCACAUAAUAAAAAGACUUGUAAAUCCCAGACACAAGUGUUAAACACUCAAGAUUUAUCUGAUAUAUCUACUAGUGAAGACACAACACAAGAACAUGCAUCCAAAAGUGUGAUUGAGAUUCAAACUGAUAGUGAUGAGGAUGAGAGUGAAGACAAGAAAAUUCAAUCCAAGUAUUAUGAUGAUUCACUAACUGCCCACCAGUUUAAACGUAAACUACUGUUGAGUCCACAAAAGAUAAAACGAAGAAAUACUGAAUUGAUACCGUCAAGAACAAAUAAAAACAGUCUAUUGACAACAAUUAAUGGGAUAUCAUCGUCAUCGUCAUCAUCAAAUAAGGAUUUCCUUAAAACUCCUGGAUUAAGACAAUAUUCAAUACCAUUGGUUUUGGCGUCUCCUACAAAUCCACUAUCAUCAUCAUCUCCAUUAAAGAAACAAUUGAAUUUGGAUGAAGAAGAUAAAUCAAUACAAACAGAUAAGAUUGAAGAGGAUAGUACUAGUAUGGAUAUUGCUCCGUUGCCUUCUUCCCCCAACAAGGGGGUUAAGAUUCUGUUUGAAGAAGAACACGAACCUUCAGAUUUAGAGGAGUUUGAUAUUGAUAUUGAUCAAAUCAAAGCGAAAAAUAAGGCUAUUAUUGAAAUUGAUGAUGAUGACGAAGAAGAGGUAGAUGAUGAUGAUGAUGAUGAUGAUGAUGAUUCUUCUUCUUCUUCGAAAAAGCAAUCAGAUGAAGCAAUCCCAAUUAUAGCCCCAAGAUCGAGGGCUAACAAGAAAAUAAUCGAUUCACAGUCCAUGAACACUAAUGAAGACGUUGAUUCUAUCACUGAGGAUAGUACUGAACCUGAUAUUUUGCGUCAGGAAGAAUCUACCACUCUAACAGAAGAUGACAUCAUCAAUCAUGAUAGCGUAUGGGCUAUAUAUAAUUUAAAGAUGUAUACUGGAAGAAUUGUGGCAAAAUACAUUGAAGAUCUGAAUAUUGAAUUUGACGAAGGGACAUAUAAUGUGAAGAAUGUGGAUUUAAACGUACUAGAUAUUCGUAUUGGAGAUACUGUCAACGUCAAAGGUAAUCGUCAUAAAUAUACUGUUACAGGAUUAUCAACACUUGCAGGUGAUGAAAAGAGUAAGUUAUCCAACAUAAAGUGUAUGAGAGGGUAUAAUGUAGUUUAUUUACGAAGAAGUCAACAGAAACCCAAUUUAAAUGUUCCAGCAAAAGAAUUUAGUGUUAUAUUAUCCGAUUGCUUUAUGGAGUUAAGUGACUGGAUAAUGCAUCAACAAAAGUAUAAAUUGAUUAUUGGUAACUACAAUAUAUUUACCGAUGAAGCCAUAUUACCAUCAACACCCAAAAAAUCACAGAAAUACAAAUUGCCCUCAACACCUUUGAAAUCUCUUAAACAUACAAAUAGUGAAAUAAUCAAACCUAACUCGGCAGAUUCAAAGAUUUUUCAAGAAAUGAUAUUUUGUAUAACUAGUAUUGAUGGUGACAGAAAAAUGGAAUUAAAAUCAAUAAUAGAAACUAAUGGAGGUAUACUAUGGGAUAAAGAAAUCCAUGAAUUAUUUCUGUAUCAUGAACAACAAGAAAAAGAAGGAUCACAAAUCUCAUUGAACUUAACAUGUGAUUUGGAAGUGGCUCAAACUUUCAACUUUAUUGCGUUGAUAAGUAAUAAUUUUUGUCGUAGUGCCAAAUAUUUACAAGCUUUGGCGCUAGGGUGGCCCAUAAUAUCUGAUGUAUACAUUGAUGAUUGUUUAAAAGACACUACAAAUAAACAAAAAUGGACGAAUUAUUUAUUACCUUCUGGGUUAUCAAAGAAAUUAACAACUAUCAAGAGUAUUGACAUUUUCAGAUUUAAAGAGAAUUAUGAAGCUGGUAAAAUGCUAGUUGAUCAAUUCAAUAACAAUCAUCAUGUUUUCAAUGGGUUGGAUAUAUUGAUAUUACAAAAUAAAUCUAUUAACCAUAAUUCAAUGGAAACUUGUAAAUUUAUUUUCUAUGCGUUUGGGGCAAAAUCAUUGCAAUAUUUCACAAAGACCGAUCAGAUAAUCAAAUGUAUAAAGGAAGAUUUCACGGGUAUUGAAGAUAAUAUCACCAUUUAUGAUGAAAGCAACGAUAUGGUUCAAGCAUUAACUAACAAUAGAAAUAUCACUGGCAAGAAUAAUCGAGAUAAACCCAAAUCAAAUUAUUCAAUUAAAUUGAUUGAUUGGGAAUGGGUUGUUCAAUGUGUUAUAAAUGGAGCCAUUUUGGAAUCUCCAAAGUAUACAGUCAGCGUUUAA